AAUCAGGUACAGUAAAACGAUACUACGUACCGUAGACCAUAGUACGGUACGAUACGGGUAGUGCUCAUUUCGACGGUAGUAGACUAGACGACCCCCUCCCGAGCGGUACCGUAGUACCGUACAUAGCGUUCAAUGGAGAUCACGGCGAAGCGAAGCUUUACUGCUCCGUGCCGUAUUGCACGAAGUACUGUACGUAGUACGUGCCGUAGGACGAUCAACUUUUUAUCGCCCAGAGCUAGCAUGCGCGCACCUGCAUGCAAAAUCUAACCGUUUAUUCCUUCUCCGCUAAUCUCUCGGGAAUCUUGACCUGCACUUCGCCUGAAUAUCGACUCGCAACUAUUACACCCUGGCACGUUGAAAUAGUAGUACUGAUGUUGCCUUGCAUCGAGUCGCCCUUCAUGAAAAGAUUUCAAGGUCUCGGACAACACGUUAGCAUCGAUCAUCACAAUUGACCUGAACAAUAACUAAUCAGCCGUAAGUACUAGUAUCAACAUGUCGGAGGAUGUCGACAACAAAGUAUAACCUGACGACGAUGGGAAACGAAUACGUCAAGCACUCGGAAAGCCUCCGACUAUYUUGAAACUACGUUUCCCUCUCUCUGGUGGAACGAUGACCAAAUUGAAAAAUAUCGGUUUCGGAGCAAAUACGAAUCAGCCAACUGUAACUAAUGUUCGCUUUUUUAAAACUGCAAUUCACGAUAAUAGAAUUUUAAUCGUAUAAUAUACUAUUAUGUCUGGAUAUUACGGUAACGAAGAGAAGGAAGCCGACUAUGGAUACAUCUUCAAGGUGUCGGGUCCUCUGGUCGUCGCCGAGGGAAUGAGCGGUGCUGCCAUGUACGAGCUUAUGCGUGUUGGUCACCAAAAGCUUGUCGGAGAAAUCAUUAAACUCGAAGGAGACACCGCCUCCAUCCAGGUUUAUGAGGACACAUCGGGUUUGACCGUUGGUGACCCCGUCCUCCGAAAGAAGCAACCCCUUUCUGUCGAACUCGGUCCCGGUAUCAUGGAAAGUAUUUUCGAUGGUAUUCAGCGUCCCCUUGAAAGCAUUUGGAAAGAGAGCGGGGAUGUCUACGUUCCAAAGGGUGUGGAUGUGCCAUGUCUGAGCCGGGAAAAGCGAUGGACUUUCACCCCUGGAUCAAUCAAGGAAGGGCAACCCAUUUCUGGAGGAGAUCUUGUGGGAACUGUUUACGAGAAUGAAAUUAUUGAUCAGCACAAGAUUUUGUGUCCUCCCAAUAUCUAUGGUACCGUGUCUAAGAUUUUCACCACUGGAACCGAUGGAAAAGAAACCUUCGUUGUCGACGAUGUUGUCAUGGAAGUCUACAACGAAUCCACAAACGUCACCCACAAGUUGACCCUCAGUCACUUCUGGCCCGUUCGUCGUCCUCGUCCCAUUGCCGAGAAGCUUCCCGGUAACGCACCUCUUAUCACCGGUCUUCGUGUUAUUGAUGCAUUGUUCCCAUCUGUCUUGGGAGGAACAUGCGCCGUGCCUGGUGCCUUCGGUUGCGGAAAGACCGUCAUUAGUCAAUCUCUCUCCAAGUUUUCCAACUCCGAUGCUAUUAUUUACGUUGGUUGCGGUGAACGUGGUAACGAGAUGGCUGAAGUGCUUGCUGAUUUCCCUGAACUUACAAUGACUGUCACUGAUCCUGAUGGAUCCGAGAGAGAAGUUGGUAUCAUGAAACGUACCGCAUUGGUUGCCAACACAUCCAACAUGCCCGUGGCCGCCCGUGAGGCCUCGAUUUACACCGGUAUCACUCUUGCCGAAUAUUUCCGUGAUCAAGGCAUGAAUGUGUCAAUGAUGGCUGACUCGACCUCUCGUUGGGCCGAAGCCCUUCGUGAGAUUUCCGGUCGUCUUGGAGAGAUGCCUGCCGAUUCCGGUUACCCCGCCUAUUUGGGUGCCCGUCUUGCUGCUUUCUACGAACGUGCUGGACGUGUCAAGUGUUUGGGAUCACCAGAUCGCGAAGGUACUGUUUCCGUUGUUGGAGCUGUCUCUCCUCCAGGUGGAGAUUUCUCAGAUCCCGUUACUGCUGCUACGUUGUCCAUUGUUCAAGUUUUCUGGGGUCUAGACAAGAAGCUUGCUCAACGUAAGCAUUUCCCAUCGCUUAACUGGCUUAUUUCGUACUCGAAGUACAUGCAAGUUUUGGAGCCUUUCUUCAAUGGUAUGGACGAACAAUACUCGACUCUCCGUGAGACUGCCAUGAAUAUCCUUCAGCAAGAAGAUAACUUGCAGGAAAUUGUCCAGUUGGUUGGAAAGGAAUCGCUCUCUGAAGAUCAAAAGGUUGUCAUGGAAGUUGCCAAGCUCAUCCGUGAAGAUUUCUUGGCACAAAAUGCCUUCACUGAAUUCGAUUACACCUGUCCUUUGGUCAAGACCGUUGGCAUGCUCAAGGUCAUCAUCACCUUCUACAACUUGUCUCAGAAGGCGAUCGCCGAUAGUCCUGCUGACUCCAAGAUCACUUACGCACACAUUCGAACUGCGUUGGCGCCUAUCAUCCAAAAGGUUGUUGAUACGAAGUAUGUCAUGCCCCGAGAACCCGUCGAAACUAUCAAUGCUACGUACAACAAGAUUAUUGACGAAAUGACAAACGAAUUCCAGACCUUGACCGAUGGUAUCUAGACGAGAUGGGAUUGCUUUUGGCGAAGAUGACUCUUUAAUUCUAAUUAGUAGUUUUUAAAAAGAUUGUUACUUCUAUAUGCCUCAGAUUUUUGCAUCGGUUCCGAAGGCAACGACUACAAGCCAACCAAGACUCUCAAGUGGUUGUCUGAUCUGUCAACGUUCAAACGUGAACAAUGCGUAUUUUUAAAAAAAGAAAGUUUAAUGU